GGCUGCCCGAAUCGAAACCCCACCAUCCGCCGCCGCCGCCGCCGCCGCCGCGACACCUGACGCCAUGGACCCCGGCGGCCUGCGCCCAGCGCCCCAGUCGGCCGCCGCCGCCGCCGCCGCCGCGGCUGCGGGGGCGGGGGCGGGGGCGUCCGCGGCGGACGAGCCCCGCGACGCGCGCGUGGUGCGGGAGCUCCUGCGCUCCAUGGGGCUGAGCGAGGGGGAGUACGAGCCGCGGGUGGUGCACCAGUUCCUCGACCUGGCCUACCGCUACGUCGGCGACGUGCUCGGGGACGCCCAGGUCUACGCCGACCACGCGGGGAAGCCCCAGCUUGACGCCGACGACGUCCGCCUCGCCAUCCAGUCCAAGGUCAACUUCUCCUUCUCCCAGCCGCCGCCCCGCGAGGUUCUCCUUGAGGUGGCACGGAACCGGAACAAAAUCCCGCUACCCAAGUCGAUUGCUCCACCUGGCUCAAUUCCUCUGCCACCAGAGCAGGACACGCUGUUGAGCCAAAAUUACCAGCUCCUAGCUCCGUUGAAGCCACCGCCUCAGUUUGAAGAAACAGAAGAUGACAAUGCAGGAGCCAACCCUACUCCAACCUCAAACCCGAGCAACCCUAGUCCAAACAAUCUGCAGGAGCAGCAGCAGCUUCCGCAGCAUGGUCAGAGGGUUUCUUUCCAGCUCAACGCCGUUGCUGCCGCCAAACGCCGAGGGACCAUGGAUCAGUUGAACAUGGGCUAACUGUUGGUCGUUGGCUGGUUUCUCGCUUCCAUCUUGCAAAUCUGGUACAUUGUCGUGUUGCAUUGCCCAACAAAUUCUUGUUGGGAUGGUGCUGUUACUCUUAGUUUGUUUGUUGUGAGAUGAGAAGUUAAUAAGCUUUAGCUUGUGCAGAUAAGAACAAUGCUUUAAGAAAGGGAAAUGAUUUUGCAAGAAGUGUGCAUGCUGUUCUUCUUCGCUGGUUAAUUCCUUACCGUCAGCAGAGUUUAGUUGUUGAAGUUCUUUUUACAGCUUCUCAAGAUUAGAGAUGUGGUUUCUUCGUCUUGCACAUCUAUUGGUUUUUUUUUGGGAGUAGCUAUAUAAAGACGCUAUAUUUUUUUCACCAAAAGAUAGUCAGCAUGUAUUUACAUUAUAAGUCUCUAAAUUACAUAUAUAAUUAGUAUGUAAUAUUAGUAUGUAAUUAUAGUGUAAGUAUGAUGUAAUUAUAUUCUAACUAACCUGUAUACUAAUUACUGAUACUCAAAUUUGUUUAUAUGAAUUCCUAUA